GCGGGCUAUAUUUUUAGUCCUUGAAACCGUUUUUUUUUUCUUCUGCUGAGUGACCGCUGAUAUUGUUCUGUGUCUUUCAGUUUUGCAUCGCUUGUUACAUCGCAUCACUUUGACUGGAGAGAAACCAGGUAAAUAGAUAGUAUUUUUGAUAUUUUUUGUGAUCAUGUUUUCUCAAGAAGUCCAGUGAGAAGAAAAUAUCCAGCUAAAUCACUUUUUUUAUAUUUUCGCUUAUGGAGUUUAAGCAAAAAUAGCUCGCGAAAAUGAUUUUGCAUUUCUUUGUCCUUUGUAAAAAUAACAUUUUAUUAAAUGAUUUUGGAAGUUAUAUUAGUGACGAUAUUCGAAGAUAAAAUAAUUAUUAUUUUUAUCUUUUAUUUUUUACAUCAUUCUGCUGCGUGAUACAAAAUUCUCAACUAAGUGUUACAACAAAACUAAACUUUAAAAAAGGUUGUUUGACCACGCCUAAAUUUAUUCAUUUACAUGUUUCACACUUACUAACUCUGCCUCCUUUUGUCCUUUGAAUUUAAUUUCAUUGAGGAGGGGUAGUUCAACACGGAUUUAUAACUAUUACGUCAUAGUAAUAUAUGUUUAUGAUGUGCAGAUAUGUAUAUAUAUAUAUUUUUGUGUCUGAUUUUGUCAAACCAUUUCGGGUUUGGAAAAAGAAACAAAGACAAGAAAGUCUUACAGAUUUUUCAGACCGUUGAAUAUAAUGAACUAAUAUUUAAUAUUUAUAAUCUAAAAAUCAAAUACAUAUGUAUACAAAUACUUAUAUAAAUACAAAGAGAAUAUAACAUUUUUAAUGGAAAUUUUCACAUAUAUUUUAUCAUUUAAAGGUCAUAAAAACUGAACGAACAGAUGCAAACCAAUUAAAAUCCGUGUAAAAAAAUAUCAUAAACAUUUCCAACUGCUUUCUUAGGUAAUCGCAAACUGAAAGUUGCUGUUUCAUAAUGGCUGUCAAUGUACUUGGAGUCCUGGGAAUUGUCAUCUUCUACAUAGUAAUUUUAGUGAUUGGUAUAUGGGCAGCACGUGCAAGAAAUAGAAAAAAACAACCCGACGAUUUAGAAGAUGAAACGAAGGAAGUAAUAUUAGCCGGAAGAAGUAUCGGCAUGUUUGUAGGAGCGUUUACAAUGACUGCAACUUGGGUUGGUGGUGGCUAUAUCAAUGGAACAUCUGAAGCUGUUAAUCGAGAUGGGUUGAUAUGGGCGCAAUCAUCAUGGGGGUAUUCCCUGAGUUUGUUGCUAGGUGGAUUUCUGUUCGCUAAAAUCAUGCGUAAGCGAGGUUACGUUACGCUACUCGAUCCGUUUCAAGAACGUUAUGGACUUCGUAUUGGGGGUAUAAUGUACAUACCUGCUUUUCUUGGAGAACUUUUAUGGUCUGCAGCAACCUUAAACAGCUUGGGCGCCACCAUAAGCGUGGUGUUAGAUCUAGAACUAAAUGUGUCUGUCAUUGUAUCAGCUUGCAUUGCACUUUUUUACACAUUCUUUGGUGGCUUGUGGUCUGUGGCAUAUACAGAUGUCGCUCAGUUGAUCUGUAUGUUUAUUGGAAUGUGGCUUACUAUCCCCUUUGCAAUAAGCAAUAAAGCAGUGCAGAGUAUCAGUGUCACUCGUCAUCAGUGGGAAGGAAACUGGAAUUGGUCUGAAUGUGGACAGUGGAUGGAUUAUGCUUUUUUAUUGAUUUUUGGAGGCAUUCCAUGGCAAGUCUACUUUCAGCGAGUACUGUCCAGUAAGACGCAUGUACGAGCACAAUAUCUCUCCUUCGCAGCUGCAGUAGGCUGUUUAAUCAUGGCCAUACCCUCCAUUUUAAUAGGAGCAAUUGGAUACUCCACAGAUUGGACCAUGACAGAUUACUACAAGGAUUCGCACUCGAAGAAUGAAACCCUUAAAUUCCAAUACCAGCUUACUAUGCCGUUAGUUUUACAAUACCUGACGCCGUCAGCCGUUUCAUUUAUCGGACUAGGUGCUGUCUCUGCCGCCGUCAUGUCAAGUGUAGAUUCAAGCGUUUUAUCAGCUAGUUCAAUGUUUGCUCAUAAUAUAUAUAAAUCAAUAUUCCGACAGCAAGCUAGUGACAAAGAAUUGGUUUGGGUAAUACGUAUAUCCAUUCUAUUGGUUGGAGCACUAGCCACAACAAUUGGCCUGACUGUAAAAUCCAUUUAUGGUUUAUCGAUUUUAUGCUCCGAUCUUAUCUACGUCAUAUUGUUCCCUCAAUUGGUCUGUGUUUUAUACUUCCGCUACGCAAACGGAUAUGGAGCUGUUAUCUCAUUUGUCAUUGGUAUGGGUUUGCGUCUCUGCGGUGGAGAGAAAAUGUUGGGAAUGGACCCACUUAUCAAGUAUCCUUUCUACGACGAAGCUAAAAAUAAACAGCUUUUCCCGUUUCGUACAUUCUCCAUGAUUAUGACCAUAACCGUAUUGUGGUGCUCCUCCAUAGUUAUUCAUAUCCUAUUUCAAAAGGAAAUUAUACCAAGAAAGUACGACAAGAUCUCUGCGUUUAAGAACGGCAUAAAACCGUUUCAGUUUCAUGAUAUGCUUGAUACUCACGGCAUUAACGUAAAAGACGUAUACGAUAAAAACGGCAGACUUGAAGAGACGAAUUUAAUGACGGAAAAACCGAACAACGCCGUUGAAGUUGACGCUGAUAUUCCGCUAAGCCAAAACAACGACGAAAAUUAUUAAAAACAAUCUGACGCUCUUUUUUGUUCUUGUCAAAUGUUAGUAUGCUGUUGGAUACGGUUUUGCAGCGGAAACAUAAAUUAAAAAUGGACAUUACGUAUUGAUUUACCAAAGUUACAACCCAAACUAAAUUAAGCUACAAAGCUUUGGAUUUGAUAUGUAUAUGUUCGAAAAAUAAAGUCUUUAAACAGUACAAAAAAUUUACAGCACAGUUUAGCUUUUAGUAAAAAGACAAGACUUAUUUGCCGUUAUAUAUUUUGUUUACAACUAGGUAUAUUAUUAAUAAAAUUCAUGUAAAUACAUGAAAAUAUCACAUUUUAUAUGUGACGCGUGUGUGUAAUUAUAUGAUA